AAAAUGAAACCAACUAACAACACUAACUCACUGGUUAUGGUUGUUGAACUUGAAAACCUCCGUCAUGUUUCGAUGAACUCGAGGAAACCCCUUCUCUUCUCAGUUAACAAUACAUUCACUCACUCUUCGAAACAUUCUCAAUUCAUUCCUUCAUUUUCCAAUUUCCACACAAUGUCUCACCUUCUUCAAACUCCCUUCAUCCCUUCUUCUUCCUCCACCGUCCUCCGCCGCACCAGCGGCGCCGUUAUCGUCCGCCGGAGAUCCGCCCACCUCGUCGUCCGUGCGAAGAUCCGUGAGAUUUUCAUGCCGGCGCUCAGCUCCACCAUGACGGAAGGCAAAAUCGUCUCCUGGAUCAAGUCCGAAGGCGACAAGCUCUCCAAAGGCGACAGCGUCGUCGUCGUCGAGUCCGAUAAGGCUGACAUGGACGUUGAGACGUUCUACGACGGUUACCUCGCCGCCAUCGUCGUUGAAGAAGGCGGCGUCGCCACCGUCGGUUCCCCUAUCGCUUUCCUCGCUGAGUCUGAAGACGAGAUUUCUCAGGCCAAGUCCAAAGCCCUCUCCUCCUCCUCUUCUUCUUCUUCUUCUUCUUCUACUUCCCCUCCUUCAGCUCCUGCACCUGCUGUAGAAUCUCAACCGGAGAAGGCUUCGGCCAAUGCGGCGCCGGUUGCGGCGGCGAGUGCUCCGGCUGCGGUGGCGACGGUUGCGUCGAGGCAUCCGGCGUCGGAUGGAGGGAAGAGAGUGGUGGCGUCGCCGUAUGCGAAGAAGCUGGCGAAGGAGUUGAAGGUGGAAUUGGGGCAGAUCCUGGGGACUGGACCUUUGGGGAGGAUUGUGGCUAAGGAUGUUGAGGCAUUUGCAGCUGCUGCGGUGGUUUCCUCCGCGAGUUCUGCUGGGGUGGCACCGGUGGCGGCGAAGAGUGCGGCUGCUGGGGUUGAAUUGGGAAGUGUGGUGCCUUUCACAACAAUGCAGAAUGCUGUGAGUAGGAAUAUGGUGGAUAGUUUGGCUGUUCCUACUUUCAGAGUUGGUUACACUAUCACUACCGAUGCACUUGAUGCUCUGUACAAGAAGAUCAAGUCGAAGGGAGUUACUAUGACAGCAUUGCUUGCCAAGGCUACAGCACUUGCGCUCGUUAAACACCCUGUUAUUAACUCUAGUUGUAGAGAUGGUAAUAGCUUUACAUAUAACAGUAGCAUCAACAUUGCAGUUGCUGUAGCUAUUGAUGGCGGACUGAUUACACCGGUGCUCCAGGACGCUGAUAAGGUUGAUGUCUACACAUUGUCAAGAAAGUGGAAGGAGUUGGUCGAUAAGGCUCGAGCCAAGCAGCUGCAACCUCAUGAAUACAGCACAGGUACUUUUACUCUUUCUAACCUGGGAAUGUUUGGCGUUGAUCGCUUUGAUGCUAUUCUGCCACCUGGAACUGGAGCAAUAAUGGCUGUCGGAGCAUCGGAGCCAUCUGUUGUGGCCACCAAGGAUGGUCGCAUCGGCAUGAAGAACCAAAUGCAGGUCAAUGUUACAGCAGAUCAUCGUGUAAUCUACGGUGCAGAUCUGGCUUCAUUCUUGCAAACACUGUCACAGAUUAUUGAGGAUCCUAAAGAUCUUACUUUUUAGUCUCAUUUUUUCUAUAUUUAAUGGUGCAUUUUUCUCAGUAAUAGUGAAAACAACAUACAAUUCCUCUCAUCAAUAGUUGACAAGCAGAAACUGCAGAGCCAAUUACCAUCACCCUGAAUUUCGCAGACUGCUGAGCGCAGGAACCGAGUUUUGAAUAGGAAAGCUGAGUUCUGGUUCCUCAAAUGAGAUUUAGUCGUUCAUUUUUCUAUUUUGUUUUCUGAUUAAAGAAACCUCUUGAUGUCUAUUGUUUUCUAAUAAUGUCCUUUAGUUGUGUACGCCUGAUUUUGUUUUUGUUUUUGAAUUGUUUGUCUACAAAAUUGAAACUAGAGAGAUUGAGCAAUGAUCAUGUUACGAAGCAAA